UAUGUGGACAUGUCCGCCAUGUUUUCCAUGGCGCAGAGAGCGGAGCAGCCGAGAAAAAUAGCUGUUACGUCAAGUUAAACUCACUCAGAAAUGGAUAUUUGCACGGGUUUCCAGACAAGCUGAAGCCUGUGAUUUCUACUUUAAUGGAAAUUGUCGUCUGCCUGGUGGAUUUGCAUCGAUAUUUUGAUCGUUUUUUGGCGGGAUUAAUGUUUCCUUCGUAUUUUCUGUGAUUACGGUAGCCGCAAACAAUGAGUAAAUUAUCGUUCCGGGCGCGAGCGCUAGACGCCGCCAAACCUCUUCCGAUAUAUCGCAGCAGAGACCUCCCAGACUUGAAGGACUGCGUGUCCAUCAACCGGGCCGUGCCGCAGAUGCCAACGGGGAUGGAGAAAGAAGAGGAGCUGGAGCACCAUCUUCAGAGGGCCAUCUCAGCCCAGCAGGUGUUUAGGGAGAAGAAAGAGAACAUGGUCAUCCCCGUGCCUGAGGCUGAGAGCAACAUCACUUACUAUGACCGUCUGUACAAGGGAGAACUCAAGGUUCCCAAACAGCUCAUCCACAUACAACCCCUGGGUCUGGACAAUGAGCAACCAGACUACGACAUGGACUCGGAGGAUGAGACGCUGCUCAACAGGCUCAACCGCAAAAUGGAGAUCAAACCUUUACAGUUUGAGACAAUGGUGGACAGGUUGGAAAAGGCCAGCGCAAACCAGCUGGUAUCACUGCCAGAAGCCAAGCUGCUCCUCAAUGAGGACGACUACCUCCUGAAGUCAGUGUAUGACUACUGGGUGAGGAAGAGGAAAAACUGCAGGGGGCCUUCACUCAUUCCGCAGAUCAAGCAGGAAAAGAGGGAUGGCUCGACCAACAAUGAUGCCUAUGUGGCUUUCAGACGACGAACAGAGAAAAUGCAGACCAGGAAGAGAUUAUCAUCAGGUAUCUCUCUUGCUCAGAACCGAAAGAAUGACGAAGCUUCUUAUGAGAAGAUGCUGAAACUACGGAGAGAGUUCAGCCGAACGGUCACCAUCCUGGAGAUGAUCAAGCGGAGGGAGAAGUCAAAGCGUGAGUUACUCCACCUCACCCUGGAGGUGGUUGAGAAAAGGUAUCUGUUGGGAGACUUCACUGGGGAGGUCCUGAAUGAAGUCACUGUACCUCUGGCUGAAAAGCCUGUAUAUACAGCCCCAGUCACUCUCACCAAUGGGAACCGCCACAAAGCUGAGCUCAAAACCAAGAUGCACAAGACAGGUCUGAUGCACCAGGUCUCCAUAAAGGACGAGUUUCCCUUUGACUGUGUCAGGCCAAAAAAGAAGUACAGCAAAAGGGACAAGUUGUACACCCAGCGCCGGCCCGGUCGGCCCCCCAGCCAAUAUACCGUCAACAAGGCAGACAUCAAACAGUAUGAUUUUCACAGCUCAGGAGAGGAGGACUAUACACCACCACUGUCUCCCCCAUCAGAACCCGAUGAAGAGAAUGAUCCUGAUGGACUAUUUGCCUUCAGAAGGAAAGCUGGGUGCCAAUAUCUCUCUCCCCAUAUGGACCAGAAUUUGGGUGUCCUAUGGGAACACCCAGAGCUUGCAGGGAUGGAUGCCCUACGCCACCGGCACUCCCUCACUGCCCUGUCUCUGCCCAGCCGGUUGGUAGGACUUGGCCGCCGCAGGAUGGGUCGAGGGGGCAGGGUCAUCUUGGACCGGGCAUCGUCUGGUCUGGACGUGGUCCUGAAGCAGCUGGACCCAGAUGCUUUUGCAUCUCCUGUCUCCAGGACCAGAGACAUUAACCGCCUUGUUGCCCAAAGAGCCUCCAUGAGCUCAGGUGUGAGCUCAGCCACUGCCGCCUCCUCUUUUGCUGAAAUUUUGAACAACAUUCAAAGCCUUAGGUGGCACUGCUUCAGGCCAAGGCCUGCUCAGCACCAGGUUAAUGAGGGCAGCAGGAUGGGAAAACCCUCACUGGAUGGCAGGGUGACUAGCAGUUUGUUGCUGAACACCAAGAACAACGGAUCAGCAGGGGGCAUCACUGAGGAGCAGUAUCAGGACCAUCAGCAGCAGCUUGCCCAGAUGCAGAAACAGCAGCUGGCACAGCUGCAGCAACAGGCAGCAACUCCAUGCUCCAAGCAGUCUUCAUUACUAGAACGCCACAACAUACAGAUUGCCUGCUACAGUGAGUGUGUGUCGAAGACUCUGGACUCUGCUAGCGCCCACUUUGCUGCCUCUGCUGUGGUCAGUGCACCGCCGCUGGGCCAUGUCAAUAAUGAAAACAAACCCCACAAGACCAGUGUCAAUGGUGUCCUCCAUCUUUCAGGGACCUCCAGACCUCCCCACUCCGCCACCUUAUCUCAUAGCGGGGCAGGGAUCUCAGGGCGCGUGUCUUCUUCUGGCAUUGGAGGGCCAUUGCUUCCCACCCACUCUUCCUCCUCGCUGCAGUCCCUCCCCAACCACAGGAAUCACGUCAGCGCCGUCUCUCCUGCACACCACCACCACAGCGCCCAGCCUUCCGCCCCCUCGCCAUCUGCCUUAAAGCUUGCCACUGUGGCCACCACCUUGGACCAUGUGCCCAAGGUCACACCUGCCAGCACCAUCAGCAACCUGGCCAGGGAGAAUCAUGAGCCAGAGAGACUUUUGAAUGGAAUAUCGGAGACCACAAUGGCCAUGGAGGUUACCUAGCCCAACCCCCUUUCUUUCUCUCUCUCUCUCUGUCUCUCUCUCCCAUCUCCCAUUCACCCACUUAUCGUCAAUCACCCCCCACUCGCUGAUCAGACCGGUGAAUGUGACAAGCAGUGACCUCCCAGAGGAAGAAUGCAAGCCCCCAUCCCCCAAUACUGAGGGGACACAACACAAGGACCUAUACAGAAUCGAGCAUAUCAAAAAAUAUUUUAACCAAUUUGUCAAUAUUAUACAUGUACAUUUUGUAAAUUGGGAAUAUCACUACCUUGUAAAAUAGUAUAUUUGUAUCAUUAGUAUGUUUUUUUUUCUGUUACUUGAAUCCAAGCAAAUUUGUCAUCACGCUUUUGCACUUGAAAAAUGCAAAUGAAAUUCAAAUGCACAAAUGCAACAGUGUUGGGAUCAUGAGCAUGAGCAUGGGUCCUGUGUCACUGCUUCACUAUUUAUUUUGCAAUGUUUACAUUUUGUAUUUCACCGCAACAAAUUGUCAAAGUAUGUCAGUGAACGAUGAGAUUUUUUUCUUUUGUAAUCUUGCUAGCAUAUUAUGUUCCAUGCUUUUUUUUCCACAAAUGGAAAACUGAGCACAUGAUUUGGUUUCACAAAUUGAAGUUGGUGACCUUUGUAAAUAGAUUAGCGGCAUUUUUUCCAUUCAGGCAAAUUUUCUGUCACACUGGUGUCACAGGAAUUUGUCCUUUUUGUAAUUUUUAAUAACUCGUCUUGCUUUUCAUUUGACUUUUUCAAAAUCAGUGACAAACUCUAGCCAUUGUCUUCAUAGGAUCCUAUUUAUUUAAAUUCACAUUGAAAUAACAAAUAUAUGCAUCCUUUAAAAGAUUCAAACUGCAAAUGUAAAGCAGGAAACCCUUUUUUAUAAUAUAUUUGCCUUUUUAAACGGGUAGGGACUUGAAGCCAAUGAACACAGGAAUAGAAUAGUCUAUGUAUUGUGUGUAUACUUUGGAAUAAUUGAUAAAGCAAGUGACUACUCCUUUGGACCUGGGGCAGCCAAGCAGUGACUAUUUUUAUUUUUAUUUUUUCUCACCCUGGGUCUAGGGGCAAGUAACAUGUUGAAACGAUGUCUGAUGGUCAGUGCUUGGCCUUUCCCGUUGUCAGUGUAGUUACCAUGAAUCCUGUAUAGAUGAUAGAGGGAAAAAAAACUGUUUAGUUAACAGUGUCAUGCCUAGUGUUGAUGCACUAUUUCUUCAGACAGACAUUUUCCCUGUUACUUGUUCUUGGAGUGUUUCAGAAAAAAAUGCUGGGAAAUAAAAAUACAUCUAUACUGUAUGA